GCGAAUCCAUAUCCAUAGACUACACAGCUGUCAUCUUGAAGGAUACGACUGUGUCGCUUUUUGUUCGUCGAUAUCAAGCAAAUUGUGCAUAUCCUCCUUGGUCAAGAUGCGCGUAUUAGUAGAGUAUGAGGUGGACAUGACCACUGCGGUUCUGGAGCACACCGCAGUGCAAAACUUUAAUCCUGAGAAUGUUGCGGAUUUCGAUCCCACCGUCCGCUACGACGUGUGGUGGAAUGGGGACGACACCACGUUGGGAGGAUACUAUAAGGCCAGAGUGCUGCACAUGGCUGAAAGCGAAGAAGAUAUGCGAACGCAUAUGUCCAAAAGGCUCAGAAAGCCUGUAGUCUCCUUGGAGAAAGGCAAGAAGAGGGCCAAAGGAAAGCAGGGCACACAGGCAACAAAAAGUAUGAGAGUGGAAGUUCAACGAAGUGUAGAAAGGGAACUUCUCGCAGAAAUCCAAGCUGCAUGCCCGCAACAGCAUGUGCAGUGCACAUGCUGUGACCAAGGAUGUGUUGUUCUCGAAGAACUUGCGAAGUGCAAAAAAGAAACUGCAGAGCAAAGCAAGCAGCUUGAGGAGCAAAGCAAGCAGUUUGAAGACGUCGCUGAAGAGCUAAGAAGUCUUAAGGAAAAGAUGCUCAUCUUGGAGAACAGAAAUGCACAUCUGCAAGAUGCUUUGGCUUCAAAAGUCUUAGCAAGUGGUGAGUAAGCGUUCGUUUGCUGAAGGUGGAAUUAAAUAUACUCGAGUGCAAGUAGAAUUGGCAGAGAAUUAAUGCAUUCAGCAGCAAUGCUCAAUUAGCGAUCUGUUGGCGCGAUCGCACACUUCUGCAGGGAAAUUGUGCUCUGCAGGUAUACCUUAAUGCAACAUAACGAAGCACUCUCGCUAAAGCACUGCAACUAAACUAAACUCUAUCACACAAUUUGUUUCCAAGUAACGGUCCU